CGUUGAUCGCCGACGAGGGCGCAUCUAGACACAAUUUAGUCAAUCUAAACUUGAACAAAUUAAAUUAAUAUAUUUUUUUUUUUUUCAUUUAUUUUUUAAAUUAUUAUUAUAUUCACACAAUAAUUGUGUGUAUGUGACUGUGUGUGUGUGAGUGUGUGUGUGUAUAUUUGCGUGCAAUAUAAACGAAAAUAAUAAAAGUGGCUCUUUUUUUUUUUCUCUUCUUUUUUUCCUUUCUCGGGUCAGUAGAGCAAAAGUAAAUACCUUGGAAAAAAAAAAUCAUAAUAAUAGUAAAUUUUUUUUUCUCCAUAUGUUAUGAAAAAUAUUGAAUUUCAUUGAGAUGUAUGGUUUUUUUCUUUUUUUUUUUUAAUAUUUAAUAUUUUUACUGAUAUGAUAAAAAUAUUAUAAUAUUUAUAUUUAUGAUGAGUACUGAUAAAUUGCACACUUGUGUGCUUUCUUUGUUGUCUGAUUUGUGAGCUUUUUUGGUGUUAUUGAAAAAUUGAUACUGAUAAACAACAAGUGACUAUGAUAUUGAUGACAGCUCCAAUUUAUAUGGCUGAAAGAUAUUAAAACUGAAAAAAUAAUAAUAUAAUUAUUUUGUUUUUUGAUAAUUUUAACGUAAAAGCUUUAAAGCUCUAUAUAUAUUUGUAUUUUUGAGUUGAAUUUAAUCAUCAUUUCGUCUCUACAAAUAUAUUUGUUGUGUUUUUUUUUAUUUUUUAUAUUUUUUCACCUGUAUAUACUGUAUGUGUUGUCUGGUAUGGGGAAGGGGGAUUGAAAAACCUGGGCAAAAUCCAUCUAUUGUAUAUGCGAUAGCACACAGAGAGCGAUAUACAUAUAGAGAGAAAGAGAAGAGCCAAAGUGAGUGAGUGAGUGUGUUGCGGGUUGGGCAUUAGCAAACUGCCAGGUGGUAGUGCGUGUCAAGGAUACAAUGUCGUCAACGGAUCACGAUACCAAGUAUACCAAUACAAACUUUUAAUCACCACCAACAACAACAACAGUAACAACAACAACAACAAAAGUAACAAAAAUUGAAUUAAUGAAAAACAAUGUAAUUCAUAUUAUUGUCAAUAUGUUUUUGUAAAAAUCAUUAAUCUGACAAUUUUUUCUCUUUUUUUUUUACCCCAUUAAAUAGAAAAAAAAAAUGCAUUCAUCCACUGAAACCUGAACAAAACAAAUGACAAUUAAAGAAGAAAAAAAAAACAAUAAUAAAUGAAUUUUUUUAGCUCUUUGAAUUUCGUUUUGAUAAAAGAAAAAAAAAAUGUGAUACGAUAGUCACGUGUGUGAUGACAAUCAACAAUUUAUAAUGAUGUUGAAUGUGUUUCAAAUUAAACAACAACAACAGCACAUUGUUGUGGUUGUUGCUAUCUACAAAUAUUAAUGAAUAAUUAUUUUAAAUUGAACAUAAAAAAAUAAUUAAAGUGUUGACGAAAAAAAAAAAAAUAAAAAAUCAGUUUGUUUGUUUGUUGUUAUUGUUGAAAAAAAAAAUUAUAAAUAUUAAUAUUAUUAUAAUAAAAAGUUUAGGUGGUGGUUAAGGUGGGUGACCACGUGACAACACGUUUAGAAACACGGGUGCGGGUAGGGCGGUAAGGGGGUGGGUAGGCUUUUAACCCCACCACACCACCACCCAACCACGCUGGUUUACGGAUGAAAAUGAAACGUUGCUGGACCCUCAUGGCGGCGAUCGCCCUUGCCGCAUCCGGGCUGGUAAGUGGCGGUAUUCACGAGAAAAAAUUGUUGAAUGAUCUUCUGGAGCCUUACAAUGUGCUGGAGCGACCAGUGUUUAACGAGUCUGAGCCUCUUGCUUUGAGCUUUGGUCUAACUUUAAUGCAAAUAAUCGACGUGGACGAGAAAAACCAGCUGCUCAUCACCAACUUGUGGCUCAAAUUGGAAUGGAACGACGUCAAUAUGAGGUGGAACGUUUCACAGUAUGGUGGAGUCAAAGAUUUGAGAAUUCCACCUCACAGAUUGUGGAAGCCUGAUGUUCUUAUGUACAACAGUGCUGAUGAGGGCUUUGAUGGUACCUACCCGACAAAUGUUGUCGUCAAAGACAACGGUACGUGUCUUUAUGUACCACCUGGAAUUUUCAAAAGCACCUGUAAAAUUGACAUUACUUGGUUUCCUUUUGAUGAUCAACGAUGUGAAAUGAAAUUUGGUUCAUGGACAUAUGAUGGUUUUCAGUUGGAUCUACAGCUUCAAGAUGAAGCAGGUGGUGACAUCAGUAGUUUCAUUACGAAUGGCGAAUGGGAUUUACUAGGUGUACCGGGUAAAAGAAACGUGAUUUAUUACAAUUGUUGUCCAGAGCCUUACAUUGACAUAACAUUUGUCGUAAUAAUUAGAAGAAGAACACUCUAUUAUUUCUUCAAUUUAAUUGUACCGUGUGUACUAAUUGCCAGUAUGGCUGUACUUGGUUUUACUCUACCACCAGAUUCUGGUGAAAAAUUAUCAUUGGGAGUUACAAUUCUCUUGUCCCUCACAGUGUUUUUAAACAUGGUGGCCGAAACAAUGCCAGCAACGUCCGAUGCUGUUCCACUACUAGGUACAUACUUCAAUUGUAUCAUGUUCAUGGUUGCCAGUAGCGUGGUCAGCACAAUUCUCAUUUUGAAUUAUCAUCAUCGUAAUUCUGACACACAUGAAAUGUCUGAAUGGGUCAGAACAUUAUUUCUAACUUGGCUGCCUUGUUUAUUGAGAAUGAACAGGCCGGUUGACAAAGAUGAAGACGGUCAAAAAUCACAAAAACCAUCACCAGUUACUGGUGCAACAAAAGCAUAUGGUGAUCUUGAGUUACCCCAAAGAAGCAGUAAAUCAUUAUUAGCAAAUGUAUUAGAUUUGGAAGACAAUGCAUUGGCAUCACACAACAAUUUGUUGAAUAAUGUUUACAGUACACCUGGUCCACAUCAUCAUACAAUGGGACAUGGACAUAGUCAUAUACAUACAACACCACAUCAUCAUCAUCAUACACCAGCACCAACGCCACAUCAUCAACACUCAACACCAUUACCACAUUCAUCAUAUCCAUCUCAUACAUUAAGUCAUACACCUCAUCAUCAUCAACAUCAACAAGAUGGUACUGCACCACAAGUUGAAACAAUACUACAAAGUACAUGUUUCUGUGCAAGAUAUGAAUUAAUAUUGAUACUCAAAGAAAUUAAGAUAAUUACGGAUCAGCUUAAGGCCGCUGAUGAAGAUACUAAAAUAACAAAUGACUGGAAAUUUGCGGCAAUGGUGAUAGACAGGAUGUGCCUAAUCAUUUUUACUCUGUUCACCAUAAUUGCAACAAUCACCGUCCUAUUCUCGGCGCCUCACAUCAUUGUUACGUGAUUAAUAAAUAUAAAUAAUAUAAUAAUAUUUAAAAAAUUUAAUAAAAAAUUAAUAAUCACGUUUUAUAAUAACGUGAAAAAGCUCAGCAUCGUAUUUCACAUAUUAUAAAUACGAAUAUUGGUUGUUACGGGUCGUCGUUUGUAGCCGUGCCGCAGUCACGUUCACUUUUUUUAUGCUUGUAAAACAAAGCCAAAUUUAAACAAAAAAAAAAAACAAAUAAAACCACAAAAAAAAACUUUAAAAUGAUAAUUAAAAAAUGAAAAAAAAAAAAAAAAAAAUUGGAUAAAUAAAUUAUAUAUUAUAUAAUAUAGAUAAUAAUUUAUAUUAAUGUACUUAAAUUAGGUACAACAUACUUUGAAAUAAAUAAAAUAAAUUGAAUUAUUAAUAAUUUAAUAAUUUAAACGGGAAAAUAACGGACGACAUGGUGUUAUUAAUAGAAAAGCAAUACACGAAGUACUUAUUGUUCUGCAAUUUCAUCAGCCAUAUUUUUUUUCUAUCAGUACUUCAGAUAAACAAAAGAAAGAAGUAAUGAAAAAACAAAAAAAAAAAUCAAUACCACCUUAGAA